AUGGCACAAGCAUUCACUGAUCCAUUGAAACUGCGGUUUCAUUCUGAUGACGAACCAGCUGAAAAAGUUAUUAACUACUGGAGUCAUGAUCAUCCAUUAUUCCUUACAGUUGUACCUCCACAAGCUAAGAAUAACAACAUGCCUACUGAUGAUGAUCCGAUAACGGUAUGCCAUUGUUGUGUGCGGCCCAUCUCGUCGUCUACAUACUAUUAUAGUUGCAAGCAUGAUGGGUGUUCAUUCACCCUCCACAAAUAUUGUGUGGAGUUACCACGCACGUUACAACAACAUGCACUCCACCAGCAGCGGGAUCAUCCCCUUCACUUGGUAAAAUUAGUACACACAUUUUUAUUAUGUGACGCUUGUGACAAAAGAUGCAACACAUUUUUUUACGAAUGUGGUCAACGUGACUGUUAUUUUCGCAUUGAUGUCAACUGUGCAUUUUUACCUAAAAUCAUCAAGCAUGAGUACUUCCACAAGGAGCAUCAUCUCGUCCAGCAUACUGGCCCUAGCUGGAUCAGCCGAUGUAAAAUAUGUGAACAAAACUUUUAUAAGCACGUUGGCUAUAAAUGUGAUGCUUGUAACUUUAGGCUAGACUUGCAUUGUGCACUUAAAUCGCCAUACUCACUUCCUCAUAGGUAUUGCAAAGGCGGACAUGAAGUCCCGUUGAUGUGUCCCCCUAUCGAAGAUCAUCCCGAAGAUUUCUAUUGUGAAAUCUGUGAGGAAGAAAUGAAUCCCUUAAUCCCACUCUAUUAUUGUGGCAAAUGCAAAAACUCUUUUCACAUCCGUUGCCUUAGUAGAGUGUAUCGGUAUGAAAACUACUUGAGGGAGGGAAGUUUGAAUGAUCCCUAUUAUCACAACCAUCCAUUAACAUUUGUCAGGCGAAAGAAACCGUCAAAAGAGGUAUGCUAUCGUUGUAAUGGUGACAUUAAUGGUUUUUUAUUCCUCGAGUGUCGGACUGGAAACUGUUCUUAUUGUUUAUGUCUUGAGUGCUGGGAGCCACACCCAGAACAUAUAUGA